AUGUUCCGGCCAUCGACUUUGGCAAUAGCGCUGCUCUCAGUGGUCGACCGAGGUGCCUAUGCCUCAGAAGCUGACUCCUCUUCAUAUCGACCGCGGCCUUACAUUAUCAAUGUUUCCCCCUCCUUCAUCGAGGACACUCGCCUUAAAGCGUCUCUCUUCCGGCCUUCCCAAGAUAUCUCAACCCCAGCAUGGUUCGAUGGUGCCCCCACCUCUGUCAUUGCCCCUCUUGCCAAAUACUGGGCAGAGGACUAUGACUGGUUCAAGGAACAAGACCGCAUCAAUUCGGAUUUCUCACAUUUCAUAAUUAAAAUUCCCAAAGUUAGUACAAAGUACAAUCACUCGGAAGACCUGCACUUCAUCCAUCAACGCAGUCCAAGGGACGACGCCAUCCCUCUGCUCAUGCUUCACGGCUGGCCAUCAACGAGCCUGGAAUGGGAGAAGGUUAUUCCCGACCUCGUAAAUCCUCAGAACGAAAGUGCCCCUGCUUUCCACGUUGUCGCCCCCGAUGUUCCAGGCUUUGGAUUCUCUCUUGCACCUACUACGGCACCUGGCUUCGACGCCUCUGUAUACGCUGCCGUGUUUGCCAGCCUCAUGCAGCAACUCGGAUACUCUCGGUAUGCUCUAUACAGUACCUAUCUGGGAUUUGUUGUCGCCCUCAAAAUGGUCGUCGAGUACAAGGCCCAAAUUAUCAAUCACAUCACGGAUCUUUACACCGUAUUCGCCACUGCAUCUGAUCUGGCGCGCUAUGCGGCCAAUGCAACAACGAAGGAAGAAACUGCAUACAUCACUUCAAUCAACGCCUACAACAACGAGUUUUCCGCCUACGCCCGUGUUCAUUCGACACUCCCCUUGUCUAUUGCGCAUGCGCUGAGCAAUAGUCCGGUCGGAGCACUGGCAUGGAUCUAUCAACUUCUGUACCAAGCUGGUGAUCAGAACGAUACCGACACAGAAAUCAUAACAAGAACAAUGUUGCUCUACAUUCCUGGAUUGUAUGGAAACAUCCGCGCAUACAAGGAACUGUUUAGUUUUGCACGGCACAAUAGGGGAGGGCACUUUCCAGCAGAGAGCGCGCCCGAGCUUGUUGUAGAAGAUAUCAGAAAUGUAUCCUCUGGAUGUGACGGGUAUUAGAAGAGGAACAAAUGCAAUAGACAUAUUUACUGAGUUCAAAGUAUAGCGAGCUGCUUUGACAAGAGACGACACAGCUGGAGGGUCAGGGACGUCCAUGUGACGUCUUUACUCUUCCUAGAGAAACUUUAAUAGAGAACGAAAUAGAAUCGAA